GGGGGGGGCCAAAGACCAAGCCUCGGCGAAACGGUUUACCCGAAACACGGAUCUGCGGCAGUCUGUGAAUUUUCCCACACUCGUAAAACGUCGCAAAGGCAACAAUCUGAAACCGGCCGGGCAACCGACAGACGCCUGCCGAUUUUGUCAAUAAGGAACGAUUGUUUAGAUCUCAACCGGGUACGAGGCAGUAAAACGAAACGAUCUGCAAACAGGUCCGUCUGUGUUCACGAAGCCUUUUCAACCAAUGAAGAGGUAUGUAAAGGCUUCUGCGGUUACGGUUAGCCAAUGCGGAUCCACGACGAACGUGUUAACUAAUAUAAUUUUUACAUUUCUUCAUUAAAAACAGCGUAAUCGUUCGUUAAGAUCAGCCGUUAGGUUGGAUCGUUAAAACACACAAGUGACUUUCUUUCGGAACGAAGAUUAUUUUUACCAUCUGUUUUAGCUUCUCCGAAUGUUUUUCUUACUUACACCUUCAGAAUGAUUUAAGGAACGCAAAACAGGGGCGCAGGAUUAAAACAACGCGUCGAAGACAAUUUUGGCUGUUUUUCGAAGAACAUUCCGAGGAUGUUCCAAAACGACCCAAGUACUUUUCGUUUGAAUAUGUGAACGAAAAGCUAAUCUGUCGGGGUUCCUUCGGCCGCCGCGCCGCCGCGCCGUCAAGACCACGGCGGUGAUUUGUUUCUUAAUAUUUCAAGAUGGAACCAGCCUCGAAGGACGGCAGUAGGAGGAACGGUGUGCAAACAAAUAUGUAUGUAACCACGUUUCUUCCCUCGUUUCAUCAUCAAAAGCUUCAGCUUCUCAUCUUUAAAACACACACAGUUAAAACUGUGGACAGUGGAGACAAUCGUACGUGUGGAUAUCACUUGAAAAAUAUCCUGGAAUUCUAAUCAACUGGAUGAACUAACAAACAAUAAUCAUUAAUCAUGGGAUAUAAUUAACUAAUCGUUUCCAGAACAAAGAUCAAUUUUCACUCUAUUCGCUAUAAGAAUACAAAUAUAUUUGAAUUAAAAAUAUUCUAUUAGCUAUAAAAUAUUAAUAAAGAAGGCUUAUAAUAUUAGGGUGUGCUUUAAAUAUUAAUAUUUAACAAAUUUGGUAGGUAAAUUAUAUUUAUUCCAUUCAAUAUUCGACUGAUAAUUCAAUUACAUUAACGAAAUACAUAUGUAUAUGCGUUUUUCAAUUUUCAAUCUUCCAAAGUCAUUGAUGAAAUUCAAUGGAAAGAUUCAAAGCUCUAGAUAUUUUUCCGAAGUGAAAGUCACCCCGUCCGCGAGGGGAGCAUCUCGAAGAGGAAGACAAGAGCGGUUCCAAGAAGCGGCACAGUUUCGGUAUAAUUACCGCAACUUUGUUUACGUAUCGGCUCGUUUACUGCCGGCGUGGGUGUUGGGACAGCAUAUGUGUAAACAGCAAUAAAACAUGUACCACGGUCCUGGAUAGGUAACCCACGCCUCCCUCGCGUGGAUACGCGCAAACGGCAAUUCUCCGGAAAGCCGCGAUGGGCGGAGCUGGACCAUCCUCUCUAGCUAGUAGAUCCUCGUGUCAAAUUAAACACCCUUCGUUAGAGAAUUCCUCUAACCGACCGCAAAUCUUACUCAGUCCACGACGAACCAGAAUCUGGACUACUUCGAUACGGUUUAACGCUCUUCUCUCCAUCAAAGUUUCUUUCAUUCGUUUCAUUAAUUAAAAAUCGUACGAAUCAAUUAGUCGAAUCAUAUGGAAUAGAAGGAAUUAGAAGAACUAGGAAUUUUCCUAGAACGUGGGACCACCCCAAUUUAAACUAUGUUUCUUUCGAAGAGAUAGUGUCUGCGAUUAAUUUUGUUUAAUCCAUCAACAGUUUCAACGUAAGAGGAAAGAUGUAGAGUUACAGAAUUCCUUGAAACUUAAGUUCAGAAUAUAGUGCAAGUGAAAUCAGAGUUUGCAAGAAUAAUAUUAACGUGAAUUAAAAGUAUCGAGGGGAGUUACAAUGGAUUCGAAUGUCCAAGAUCAUCCCUGUAGCGUGUCCAAAGCGUACGGAUGUGAAUUAUGGAGAAACUAUGAAUUGUGGAAUACGGAUGAAGUUAUUCCUACGAUGUGCCCUUUGCCAAGUUACUACAACCUGGUGCCCAGUAUGGUGAACUCGAGGAACGUACCCCUGUCGUGGGGCCUUCCUCUGAUGAGAUACAAGCCGCAGCCUCGUUACGAGAAACCACCGUACUCUUACAUAGCUCUGAUAGCCAUGGCUAUCAAUUCUUCGCCUAAACAAAGACUGACCUUGUCGGGCAUUUACAGAUUCAUUAUGGAUAGGUUUCCUUACUACAGGGAGAAUCGUCAGGGAUGGCAGAAUAGUAUCAGACACAAUCUCAGCUUAAACGAUUGUUUUGUUAAGAUACCAAGAGACAAAGUGGUUGGUAACGGUAACGAGGAAGAUCAGGCUGGAAAGGGUAGCUACUGGACCUUAGACCCCUCUGCUAGUGGUAUGUUUGAACACGGUAAUUACAGAAGAAGAAGAAUGAGAAGGCAACGAGGAAUCGUUCAAGGUAAACAGGAACAGGAUCGCACGAUCGUCUCGGUAUCAUCGAAGCUUUUGACCAAUUUCAAGCACCAAGAAAGAAACGAGAAAGGAACUGAAAUGAUUGAGACAAAAGACAGCAAGGAAAACUCACGAAAUAUGAAGAAAUACAGUGAAUCAAUGUUCACUAUUGAAAAUAUACUACGAAAAUCUACGAAUUAGGUUUAACGCGUUAGCAUUUACUUGGACAAGAUUUAUCAUUUAUAUUUUCAAUCAGUGAUUAAUUAGACAGGAGCAAGAAGUUGGUGAAAUUAUUUGUAAAUAAAAGAGAUACUGCUUGUUUAUUAUAAAAAUCUUUUCAUAUUUUUAUUUAUAGAUAGAGAUAUUGCUUACAAAGAUUAAAAUACUCUUUAACGUUUAAUCUAAAAUAUAAUACAAUAUGUAUGAAAUGAUGUA